AUGGGUGCGACAUAUGAGCCACAGUCCGAGCACAACGCUCUCCGGUCCAAGCACGACACUCUCCAGUCCGAGCACAACGCUCUCCGGUCCGAGCACAACGCUCUCCGGUCCGAGCACAACGCUCUCCGGUCCGAGCACGACACUCUCCAGUCCGAGCACAAUGCUCUCCAGUCCAAGCACGGCACUCUCCAGUCCGAGCACAACACUCUCCAGUCCGAGCACAACGCCCUCCAGACUGAGAAUAGCUGCCCCCAGUCUGAGCGCGACAUUCUCCCAUCGGAGCGUGACACCCUCCAGACUGAUUACAACGCCCUCCAGUCUGAGCACAACAUCCUCCAGUCCAAGUGUAACACCCUCCGAUCUGAGCGAGAUGUCCUCCGGUCCAUGUACAGCGACCUCAAGGUUCAGUUCGAUGCUAUCAAGAUCGAUCGUAACAACCUCCAGACCAUGUACGAUGCCGUCCAAUCUGAGCGCAACACUCUCCAGUUCAAACACGACGCGCUCGAGUCCGGGUUCGACACAAUUCAGUCCAAGUACAACGCCCUCAGGGCUGAGUUCGACACCCUGGAGUUCGAGCGCGAUCUCCUCCGAUCCAAGCUAUGCACCCUCCAGUCCAAGGGGAACAUCCCCAAGUCUGAACCGUAUGUACCACACCUUGACCAACUACCAGGGGCACCAGAUACAAUGUUGGUUGCCCCUGUAAGAGGGCGAAAAGUAAAACAAUUUUCAACUCAGUUAGAGAAAAUGCAGAAGGAGUUAGAAGAGCGGAGGGAGUUAGGAGAGCAGGACUCAGGAGAGCAAGGGGACUCAGGAGAGCAGGGGGACUCAGGAGAGCAGGGGGAGUCAGAAGACCAGAAGAAGUUGGAGGAGCAGAGGAUGUUAGAGGGGUAUAAGAAGAUGAUAGAGGAGCAGAAGAAGUAUGAGGAGCAGAGGAAGUUAGGAGAGAGGAAAAAGAAGGAGGGUUACCUAGAGGAAAUAAUACAAGAGUCAGAGUCAGAUGAAGAGGAGCCAAAAGUUAGAUUUUCUUUACGAGAAUUUCUCGAGUCCAAACUUAUAGAUGGGGCAGCCCUCAUCAACACAGUUACCACCAUCAACACCUGGGAACUCUUGAUAGAGCAAAAG